AUGGGUGAAAUCGUGUCGGAGGACCACGUCGUUCAGGAGCUAGUCAGAUCCGUGGAGGAUAUACCCAUCGGCGUUGCGGAUGUUCUGACGGUGCUGCAGCAGCUGUGCUCAGAGCACGACCCCAAGGCCAUGUCCGCCGUGCUGCUCCAUGCCCAGACAUACGCGCAAGACCACUUGCCCCGGCUGCGCCGCCUCGUACGCCUCUCCAUGCGCCCCUUCGAAGCCGCGUGUCAUUACCCUCUCGCUAACUUCCCCGCAGUCAUGCAAGAUGUGGCGGCGUCAUUUCCCAAGGUCGAGAAGGAGGUGGUGGUAAUCAGAGCCGCACACCGACGCAUCGACGACUUGGUCACUGGAAAGCACGUCAUCCUGCAGCCACGCACCGUGCAGCAGCAGGACGAGCAGGAGGAGCAGGAGCAGGAGGAGCAGGAGCAGGAGCAGCAGCAGCAGGCACAUGGGGACCUGGGUUGGCAGCAGGAGCAGAUUGAGGGUGCGUUCCUGCUGGCGAAUGGCGACGGUUUGCAGCAGACGAAUGGAGAUGUGAAGUGGCAGGCAAACGGUGAUGUGAAGUGGCAGGUGGAUGAGUACGUGCAGAAGGAGGCUCUGCCGCUUAUUCAAACCGCGUCUCCCCUCCUCCUCUCUUUCCUCGGUCACCUCGGCCAUCUCGCCAGCACCGUGGUCAAGGCCUCUGACAACUACCUUCAUCUCAACAAGCAGUUGGCGCACAUGUUUCAACCCUCUCCCGCCCUGAACUCAGCAGCAGCGCCUUCAAGUUUACAGGAGAAGUUUCAGUCCUUGCACAGUGCGCUUGCUUGCAGACAGGAGCGCGUGGAUGCUGCUUGGAAGCAGCUGUGUGCACUGCAGGGGCAGGUGGAGAGGGAGGCUUCCAUGGGCUAUGGUACUCAAUAG